AUGGCGUCGUCUGAGUCAUCAACUUCUUCGCUGCCAAAUCGUGACCAGCCUCGUCACAUCGAACAAAAGUCUAAAUUCCAGUUGGAUACCUUGCUUUCGCAUCUUCUGGCGGCUAAACGUUCACUCUCCUCGAUCAACCAUGUUUGGAGGGCCAAUGAAAUUGUGACAUCUGCUCGAGCUGCUCUUGAGGAGAGUGUAGUUGUCUCUUCAAGGACAGGCUUCCUCCGUCGUGGGCUGAAUAACCAAUUGCAGCUGCUCUAUAAUGUCCGGUCGGAGGUGGAAGACAUUUCUCACCGCGGGAGAGAAGACUUUGCAAACGCCUUAAAAAACCUGGACGCGGCCGAUAUCCGGCUUAGGAGUACCUUGGAUUUGCUCAGGAACACUGUUGUUCAUGCUUCUUUUCGCGCUAAAGAUGAAGGUGCAAAAUCGCUGCAUGACUUUGUCGAUGAGCGCGGAGUUGAGGAGCUUCACGUUUCUAUGAAAUCCUCUAUUGACCGUACAAACACCGCUAGAGCAGCCUUGGAUAGCUCCAACCGAGAGUUUGACCAUGAAUUAAGCUCUAUAAGGCAAGCAUUAAAGCAUUACCGGACUGCCACCAAGAUGGCCACCUCGCGCCCUUCUGCCUCUUCAUCUUCGUCCUCUACAUCAGAGCCUGUCGUUAUAACCCUGUCGACUAUGCCCGGAAUGAUUCACGCCUUGGAAGAAAAUGCCCAAGAGAUGGCGGGUUUGCUGGAAUCACUAGUCCGACAUUUUGACCUCUGUGUGACAGCCGUGAAACAUACUGAAGGCGGUGGUGCGGCUGCGAGGUCUAUUACGGGAGACAUUUCAACGGAGGUUCAAGCGAGCGGUGAUGCAAUGCCUAAGAUUGGCGAAGAAAUCCACGCCAACUUGAAUGCGCCACUGGAUCCCAUGACAGACUCAGAAUAUGAAGAAAUGGUCAAUGUGAUCAUCAAGGAUGCGCCAGAGGCGGAUGAGGUGGUUAUCGAAAUCCAGGAUCGAAUUGCAGAUAUGGAGACAGUAUUCGAGCAAGUGAUAACGCAACGCAACGCCCUCCUGGCCAUCUCGAAUGAAACCCUGAAAGUCCACAAUCACCUCACUACGCUGGCUUCCAAUCGGCUUCCCAACUACAUCUUGCAGGCCCAUGAAUUUACCUCCGUAUGGAAUGGAGAAAAUGACCAAUUCAACAAUGGUCUCGCCGAACUAGCUGAUCUAAACGCCCUGUAUGAUGGGUUCCUGAAUGCUUAUGACAGUCUGAUCCUUGAAGUGGCCCGCCGUGGUCAUCUCCGCCAACGAAUGGAGAAAGUCCUCCGCGACACUCAACACAAACUAACACAGUUGUAUGAAGAGGAUGUUGCUGCCCGUGCUGCCUUCCGCGUCGAGCAAGGGGAUUUCUUACCCUCAGACAUCUGGCCAGGCAUUGCCAAUGCACCCAUGCAAGUCCGAUUCCUGCGCACUGCAGGAGGCCAAUUGGAUGGAAAUCAUGUUGAGGAAGGCGAUCCCCAACCACGAACUGACUCAGGCGCUCCCGUAGGCAUUACAGACGACAGUGUCGAAGGCGAAGUCAUUCCAGACCUACCGAAGGACGUCGUUGAAAAAGCAUAUGCGCGUAUGAAAGCACGGAGUCGAGAAUUCGUCUGA